UGCUUCCAAUCGCAUUUGUCUAUAUUCUGACAUCAAAACAUAACCUAUUUUUAUACAUGUGUUUUCUUUAGUUGAAUCAAUGUGAAAAGUUAACCGAAAUACAGUAAAAUGGUGCGUAAACAGAAUAAUCAGUUGCCGGAUAAUUUGCCGCAACUGCAGAAUUUAAUUAAACGCGAUGCAGAAUCCUACCAUGAAGAGUUUAUGCAGCAGUUGGAGCAUUUCAAAAAUACAAUUGAAGUGUUUGAAUUGACCCCGGAACAACCAAACAAAACUUUAGAUGAAUUGGUAAUGUUCAUGGCUCAGGUGGCACAAUGCUAUCCGAAGGAGCUUUCCAGUUUCCCACAGCAAUUGAUAAAUUUGCUAGAGAAACAUAACACAGUUUUGGAGAACAGCAUGAGGAUGAUAUUUUGUAAGGCACUGAUUCUGCUCCGAAACAAAAACCUUUUGGCUCCCACAGAUUUGCUUGAACUGUUCUUCAAACUGUUGAGAUGUCAAGACAAGGCAUUGAGAAGCUUUUUGGAAAAUCACAUUGUUACUGACAUUAAGAAUAUCAAUGCUAAACAUAAGAAUGCAAAGUUGAAUACUACAUUACAGAACUUUAUGUUUGUCAUGUUAAAUGAUACGAAUCAUAGAGCUGCUAAAAUGUCUUUGGAUAUUAUGAUUGAUUUAUACAAAAAGAAUGUAUGGAAUGAUACCAAAACUGUGAAUGUCAUUGCCACAGCUUGUUUUUCUAAAGUAGUUAAGGUAAUGGUUACAGCAUUAAAAUUCUUUUUGGGGAAAGACCCAGAAGAAAAGGAUUCAGAUGAAUCAGAUUCAGAGGAUGAAGUAGAUCCAAAGGAAGUUAUGAUGGCAAACAAAGUCAACAAGAAGACGAGAAAGCGUGAAAAGCAACUUAGCAAAGUUAAGAAAAUAGCUGCAAAAAAUUAUAAAAAGAAAAAGAACGCGCCCGUUUUCAAUUUCUCAGCUAUUCAUUUAAUACACGACCCACAAGGCAUGGCUGAAAAGUUAUUUAAGCAGUUGGAAACUCAGACGAAACGAUUCGAGGUGAAAUUAAUGAUGCUGGAUGUUAUUUCCCGAUUGAUCGGUUUGCACGAUUUGUUCCUGUUCAAUUUCUAUCCUUAUUUGCAAAGAUUCAUGCAACCACAUCAGAGAGAAGUCACGAGGAUACUUCAGUUUGCUGCACAAUCCAGCCACGAACUUGUACCGCCAGAUAUAAUCGAAUCAGUCUUAAAGACCAUAGCCAAUAAUUUUGUGACUGAAAGAAACUCUUCAGAUGUUAUGGCCGUUGGAUUGAACGCCAUCAAAGAAAUAUGCAGCAGAUGUCCAUUGAGCAUGAACGAAGAUUUGCUUCAAGAUUUGGCACAGUACAAAGCGUAUAAGGAUAGAAGUGUUAUGAUGGCAGCCAGAGGGUUGAUCGUGUUGUUCAGAAAUAUAAGACCGGAAUUAUUGCAUAAGAAGGACAGAGGCCGACCGACGGAAGCGUCUGAGGAGUUGGAAGUUAGGGAGUACGGACAGGUCGAUGCUAAGGACUUUAUUCCCGGAGCCGAAGUUUUAUUGAAGGAAACUCAUAGCGAUGUUGAAAUUAAUUCUGAAAGUGAGUCUGAUGACGAUGAAUGGGUUGACAUCAAGCAUUCUUCUGAUGAGGAAAUCGAAGGAGAUGAUGAUGAUGACGACGAUGAGGAAGAAGAUGAUGAUGAAGAAGUUGAUGACGAACAGGAUGAAGAUGACGAGGAAACCGAGGAAGGAAAAGAAGACAAGAAAGAGAAAAAGACAGAGGAGACGGUGUUGAAAGGAAAAGCUAAAAAGGCGGCAGAGAGGAAACUGAAAGUUGAGCAGGCGAAGCAAGUGUCUCUGGAUAGGUUAUUGACAGAUGAAGAUUUUAAGAGGAUCGAUUUAGCCAACGUUAAAAAACAAGUGUUCUCCUCAAGCGCGAAGGGCUUGAAGAGGAAGAUAGACGAAUCCGUGCCCGAGAGAUCUGACCUGGUGAAACUCGGAGAUAUCGAAAACAUCUACAAAAGGAAGAAACACGAUAAGCAGACGAGGUUGGAGACCGUAAAGAACGGACAGACCGAUAGGAAGGAGUUCGGUUACAAGGACGGCAGACAGAAUAUACAUUGCUCGAAGACAAAUAGGGAAAAGAGGAAAAAUAAGGCGCAUCAGAUGAUUGUCCAUAAAAUGAAGGGCAAAGUCAAGAGGAGUUUCAAAGAUAAGCAGGUUGCUCUUAGAAACCAUCUCACCAAACAGAAGAAAAUGCGUUGAGUGUAAAUUCAUAAAUGUAAUAUGUAUAUUUUUUUAACAU